GGCACCUAUAGCUAUGGAGGGGGACCCAUUCUUGAGGGCACCCGAAGCUUCACCAAGACCAUCGACUGAACGGUCUUUGGACCUCCCUUCCCUUCAGCCUCUUUCACACAAUCAUCCUCUGCUUUCUGCCCCAGACUUCAACGUCGACACAUUCCUCCUGUCCCGAAUCUAUAUUCCAUUGGAAGAGCUUCGAGCUGAAUUGAGAGAAUACCUAGGGGUAUUGCGGGAAGAGCUGGUUCAGCUCAUCAAUGACGACUAUGAGGAGUUCAUCUCUCUCGGAACCGGCCUGAGAGGAGAAGGAGAGAGGUUGAAAUCACUUCAAGAGCCAUUGCACGACUUGCAAUCAGAGGUUGGGACCGUCCGAGAUAAGCUCAAAGUGCAUCAAGAUGCGAUCCAGGAGCAACUGGACGAAAGAGCAACACUGAGAGAGGAGAAAACGCUUUUGGACCUCUUACAGCGUCUGUUUGAUACCCUGGAUCGAGCCGAAUCUCUACUUGACGGGCCUGACGAGGACCGGUCAAAGCUUGUACAAAGAGCAGCGAGUGAAUACAACCAGUUGGUCUACCUCAUUGGCAAGGCUGCGGCGGAGGGAUGUCAAAUUGUCGAUGCGGUGACUCCUCGGGUGGAGGCUAUCAAGUUGAGACUGGGGACAGAUCUAGCUGCUCUGCUUCGGGGUGCCAUGGACUCCCCUGGAAAAAUCAAAUCUGUUCUCAAGACGUAUGAGCUAAUUGAGGGCUAUGCAGAAGCUGCCGAAGUCGUCAGGACAGCUUUCCGAGCGUUCUGCCAGGACACAAUCACUUCCACUACGCUCAUGGUACCCAACGCCAAUCUGCCAGAAACGCCUCAAACACCCAUCACGCCCAUGGUGUCCGUCCAAACCUUCGAUUUCUCUCCUGACAAACUGGCCGAUGAAACACCACUCGCAACGCUUUUCAAUCGAGUCCUCACCCAGGUCCAAUCAUAUAGUGCUCUCUUGACCAUCUCGGAUGACUUGUCACCUCAGUUUGACCUUUAUUCAAGUGUCAUUUGGCCAGAAGUAGCAGAGGCAAUCAUGGAUAAGCUAGGAAGCACAAUCUUCGCGGCCGGCAGACCAGACGAUCUGCAUCAAAAUUAUACCAUCACUCACGACUUUAUCGCUCAUCUCGAAUCUCUCGCGCCGUCUGGCGAUGCCAUCAUUUCCGCACGCUCUUCGCCGAUAUCCGAAACCUUUGAACGUCGCUGGCAGCUUCCCGUCUACUUUCAACUGCGCUGGAAAGAGAUAGUCACAUCGUUGGAGACCGCACUCGCAGCCCCGAGUACCGCAACAGCACCUUGGUGCCUCAGUCAAAGCGCAGCCGCGUGGAAAGCCAUCUCCACCUGUUUUGACGAUAAGGUUUUCUUACCCGAGCUCGCCCAUCGGUUCUGGCGUCUCACAUUGCAGAUAUCCGCGCGAUACAACACGUGGCUCCGGACAAGACUUGAAGAAUGUAGCUCGGAUGAAGCGGGAGACGACCAGGCUCUCAGGCAUUCCGCAUCCGCCGUUGCAGACUUGGCAACGCUGCGUCUCAAGAUCAGGGACGUUCCUCGCAUAACAUCACUACACACCCAUCUUGACAUUCCCACCGACCCUUACACUGCCAAGAUCAUCGACAUCCUCACCCGCCGCUGCUCUGAUUCCCUUAAACUCGUUCGAGCCGUAGCCUCCCAGUUUCGUGCAGCUCCUUCUAAAUCUGCCGAGAUCACUCCAUCCUAUUUCAUUCCUUCGAUCCUCAAACCGCUCCACGAUUUCUACGCUUCCCGUCCCACGCUCGCCACGACAUAUGGUCCAGAGUGGUCGACGACAGUCUUCGAUGCCGUUUGCGUGGCGUAUGCAGGAAUCUUAGCUGGCGUGCGCAAAACCGAGGACUUGCUGCGAAGACACCGUAAGACGAAGAAGGGAGGCUUCUCACUGUUUGGCGGUGGAACUCCACAAGAAGAUUCAGGUGAAGAGGACAGAUUCAAACGACAAAUGCAGGUGGAUAUCGAGGCCCUCCGGGCGGAUGCGAGAAAGUUGGGUGUAGAGGUGGAAAACCUUAAUGGGUGGAAAGAGCUGGUCGAUGUGGUCAAUCGUCCGCCAGAGUGAUGCAAGCGCGAUCAGCGGAAAGAGUCGUCCGGGACCAGGUGCAACGACAAGGACAUAAUGAUUAUGGCGAUGAGAAGAAGAGCCGCGAUUGCCUAGAGGGCUUUUGUCAGCUUGGAACGUGUUUUCGCUUGCCUAUGAUAUCCAUUGGAGCUCUCUCACACCUUUUGGUUUCGCGUUGGACGUCGUGGAAGACAAUGUCCUGACGAGACUGUCUAUCCAGAUCGACAGAGAUCGACAAAGAGCACACAAGCAAGGACAAUGGAGUGCCACAGAUAUGUAGUAGUGUUUGCCACGUCAUGCAUUUUCGUUAUC